AUUCAUGACACUUCAGCUUGUCUUACACAACAUACAGGCCCGCUGAAGGAUUUUUAUCAUGGGUUGCAAAUCUUUGAAGACACACAAUAGGUUGGAGACAUAACGGACAGUUCGAUUUUCUCGAGUUUGAAAAUAAUUUUGUGUAUACUAGGCAAAGAAUUUUAAACCAUACAGUAGCAGUUGUUUGGUUUAAAUUGUUUUCAAAAGCAAUUAAAAUCGGGGGUGCAAAACAAGUUUAUGGGUGAUGAUAAAUCAGUACUGAUAAUUAAGGCUUAAGUGUCUACGAAGCUGACAUGUCGUUAAAAACCAAUUGUAAUGUGGCACGUUAAUAAGAAAGUCUUCUAAGUUUUCGUUGUGCGCUUUUCAAGAUAGACAUUUAUGAAAUUAGCAAACUUUAGAUAAAUCUUACGGAUCUGAAGCCGUAAUUUUAUUUUAAAAGUAAAGCAGAGAAAGAAAUUUGUUUUCCAUAUGCGAGACUUUGUUUUGCAUGGUGAACAUUUUCUAGACAUAACAUUUCCUUUUAAUGUAUAUAUAAAUUUCCAUGUAGGAUAAACAAUCGAUCAACAAUAUGCAAUCUUUGCUCGAGACGUUUAAUGACGCAAUAAAACGAUGUGUCUCCGGGUUAAAUGAAUCGAAGCAAGCUAUGAGUCACCUAGGGUCUACUCUUGACACCUGCAAAAAAGACGUCAUGAAAGAUUCCCUAAAUUUACGCAAGAACGUACGUUUUUCAGGAAAACUAUCAAGUGUCUUUGGAGACUUUUCUCACUCAUGUUUAAAAUGCCCAACAAUAGUUUCGAUGUUUAUAGCGUUUAUUUUCUAUACCCGGCUCGGCAAUCACGCAGUUUUAUUCAGCUGUAUAAUUACCUGUAGCUAUGAACAAACCACCUGUUACGUGUGCAAGGGGUGCGGGAUAUCAGCAGCAGGUCAGUCGGGCAGCACCGUGAGCCAGUUAUUGUUCAUUUACCACAACUUCGCAACCAUGGACAGAACUCUCAGCUUUGUUAUACUUUUGUGUUUUGUGGCGCUAUGCCUCGCAAAAAACGUUCACAAUUCAGACGAGAACGCUGGCGAGCCAGGCGCAAAGCUGAUGAUGAAGAGAGGCGCUGCUAAAGACGACGAAGAAGAUGCGAAAGUUGAAGUUGUUCAGGAUGGAAAAGAUGAAUCGGCAAAGGAGAAGAAAGCUUCAGAUGAACACGAAACGAAAACGAAGGACGACAACGAUGAAAAAGACCAUGUGAGCAAGAAGAGUGACGAUGAUGAUAUGACAGAUGACGAGGAUGAACACGAGGAAGAAGACGAAGACCAGCACGAAGAAGAAGAGGAAGAAGUAGAUCCAAACGCUAAAAUCGAAAUUCACGAUCUCUACACUCCGAAGGACUGCGUGAACAAAUCCAAGUCUGGUGAUCUCGUCGUGAUUCACUACAAAGGCUGGUUGGAGGAUGGUACGCUGUUUGACACAACAAUCGAUCCCAACAAAGGAUACAUGCCGUUUGAGUUUAUGUUGGGAACCGGCACUGUCAUCAAAGGAUUUGAACGCGGAGUCUUGGACAUGUGUAGAGGACAGAAACGAGAAAUUGUUAUUCCACCUUCGCUAGGUUAUGGAAAACGUGGAGCUGGCGAAAUACCAGGAAACACGACCCUUAAGUACGAGCUGGAAAUGUUCGAUAUUCGCCAGCCUCCCCCACAAGCCGACAUGUUCUCACACAUCGACACCAACGGCGACAAGAAGCUCUCUAAGAAAGAAGUAUCAGAAUACAUGAAGGCCCAGGCUGAAGCUCAUGGUAUGCCUACUUACGACAAGAAAUGGAGGAAACAUCACAAAACUGUUGUAGCGAACAUCUUUGAGCACGAGGACACCGAUGAAGAUGGCUCCAUCUCUCAUGAUGAAUUCAGCGGUCCAAAGAUGAUGUACCAUGAUGAAUUUUAGAUCGAAUGCUUUUCAAAGAGCUUAGCGUCUGAGCGUGGGAACACGCGCGAUAGUCUUGCAAGGCCGCUCCACUCACGGGAGAAGUCACGAAGUAGAUAACAAUAAUCAUGUAUAAUUUAUUUGAAUUAACGCUAUUUCCCAUUGUGGACAAUGAUUUAAUAUAGCACUUUGAACAAUUGAGAUACUUCUUCAAGUCUUCAAUUCUAUUGAAAAACUGAAGACACCAAACAUCGAUUUUUGUUGCUAAUAUAAUUUUUUUGGUAAAUUUCUUCCAACGCCUACGGUUGUUAUAAACGUUAGUUUUGUUAUUUAAUUUGAAAUCUUACCUACAAAAGUAAUUAGCACGCUUGGUAAGGUUAAAUAAUGUCAAAAAUAGUGAGAUUUAUUCGGUUUUGGUAUUAAUUUUGAAGUCAUAUUAACAACAGCUAGAUUAUGUUUGUAUAAUAAAGCAAACGAUUUAUCCUUGA